CCAGAAAGAAGAAACAGUCACGUUGAUUUGAGCUGAACAUUUGUCUCUGAGGUUAAGAACAAAGCCAUGCCGGUGCUUUCAGAAGACUCAGGACUACAUGAAACUCUGGCCCUUCUGACAUCUCAGCUAAGACCUGAUUCCAAUCAUAAAGAGGAAAUGGGAUUCCUUAGGGAUGUCUUCAGUGAAAGGAGUCUCAGCUACCUAAUGAAGAUCCAUGAAAAACUCCGUCAUUAUGAAAGACAGAGUCCAACUCCUGUUUUACACAGUGCAGCAGGAUUAGUUGAAGAUGUAAUAGAAGAGUUGCAGACCGCACCAGUGAAUAAUGAAGAAAAAGAGCUACUUCAGCUGUUGUCAACACCACAUCUCAGGGCAAUGCUUGUAGUACACGACACUGUAGCACAGAAGAACUUUGAUCCAGUCCUUCCACCUCUGCCUGAUAACUUUGAUGAUGAUUUCGAUGAGGAAUCAGUGAAAAUUGUUCGGCUAGUGAAAAAUAAAGAACCCUUGGGAGCCACUAUCAGGAGAGACGAGCACACAGGAGCUGUGGUCGUAGCAAGGAUCAUGAGAGGUGGUGCAGCUGAUCGCAGUGGUAUGAGCAGUGGUCUUGUCCACGUUGGAGAUGAGCUAAGAGAAGUCAAUGGUAUUACUGUGCUUCACAAACGACCGGAAGAAAUAAGUCAGAUUUUGGCUCAGUCUCAGGGGUCAAUAACAUUAAAAAUAAUUCCAGCCAUCAAAGAAGAGGAUCGUCUGAAAGACAGCAAGGUGUUCAUGAGGGCUCUUUUCUGCUACAAUCCCAAAGAAGACAGAGCCAUUCCUUGCCAGGAGGCUGGGCUGCCGUUCAAGAGGCGACACGUCCUGGAGGUCGUAAGCCAAGAUGACCCCACGUGGUGGCAAGCCAAGCGUGUGGGGGACACCAACCUCAGAGCAGGCCUGAUCCCCUCAAAGCAGUUCCAAGAAAGACGACUGACUUACAGGAGAACAAUAGGCACUCUGCAGAAUGCCAGAACUCUGAAGAAACCACUGUAUGAUCAGUCCUCUGACAAAGAAGACUGUGACUGUGAAGGAUAUUUCAAUGGACACUACAUAGCUGGUUUACGCAGGAGCUUCAGGUUAAGUCGUAAAGAGAAGGAGAACAAUCUGAAUGAAGGAAAGCAAGCAGAGCAGGCAGAUGGAGCCGAGUUCCUAACAUAUGAAGAGGUCACAAAGUAUCAGCAGCAGCCUGGUGAACAGCAGAGGCUGGUGGUCUUGAUUGGUUGCCUGGGGGCCAAAUUAAGUGAGCUCAAGCAGAAGGUUGUGUCAGAGAACCCACAGGAAUACGGUGUUGCAGUUCCACAUACAACCAGGUCAAAGAAAAGUCAUGAGAAAGAAGGAGUAGAAUACAAUUUUGUCUCUAAGCAAUCAUUUGAGACAGAUGUGCAGCAAAACAAAUUUGUGGAACAUGGAGAAUACAAAGAAAACUUAUAUGGUACAAGUCUGGAGGCAAUCCGGUCUGUGAUGGCCAAAAAGAAGGUCUGUCUGGUGGAUGUGGUACCUGAAGCAGUGAAGCACUUGAGGACUCCUGAGUUUAAGCCUUAUGUUAUCUUUGUGAAGCCUCUCAUUACGGAAAAGAAAAAACAUGCCCUAAAAUCUCCCAUGUCAGAAGAAAUCUCAUCCCCCCUGCAGGAUGAAGAACAGCAGGAAAUUAUUAAUUCAGCAGCAUUCAUUGAAGAGCAGUAUGGCCAUUUAAUUGACACUGUCCUGGUGAAAGAAGAUCUCCAGAGUGCAUGUAAUCAGCUGAAAACUGUGUUAGAGAAACUAAACAAGGAUUCAUUUUGGGUGCCAGUCAACUGGGUUAGGUCAUAGCUUGUUAUCUUGUUUAAGGGAGAGAUUGUAUAAAAAUGUCUUGUAAA